UAUGUUGGUAAAACAAUAAUAUUCCCCAAAUACAAAUGAAACUAUACUCGGCCAUUUUCCCGUCUGACGUGCACGAAAGUGUUUCGUGCACCGUAAAAAAGCAAGAUGAAGAUCGGAUUAUGUGCGUACAGUGGAUACAAAAUUUAUCCAGGCCAUGGCAAAACUAUGGUUAAAAUUGACGGAAAGACUUUCACUUUCCUCAACUCAAAAUGUGAAUCCGCGCAUUUAAUGAAACGUAAUCCCAGGAAAGUUACAUGGACCGUUCUUUACAGACGUAAACACAAGAAGGGUCAAGAAGAGGAACAGGCCAAAAGGAGAACACGAAGAACUCAAAAAUUCAAUCGUGCUAUCGUUGGUGCAUCUUUAUCUGACAUUCUCGCCAAGAGGAACAUGAAACCUGAAAUCAGAAAAGCUCAACGAGACCAAGCCGUAAAAGCUGCGAAAGAACAGAAAAAAGCCGCGAAAGCAGCAAAGAAAGCAACCGCACCACCCAAACCUAAGCCAACCAAGAAGGAUAAGGCCGCUAAGGUGACGCAAAAAAGUGCGCCACGUGUUGGUGGAAAACGAUAAUUUUUCGGUAUUAAAGUUAAUAAAUAAUUCCGUCAAAUUAUUAAAA